AUAAAAAUAGGGCGUGAAAGGGUUCAGCUGAGUGGCUCAGUGGAUCGAAUUUGGUGCGGCAGUUUCACCAGAACAAAGUGGUGGCGCCGCUCACUCAGUACGCAAUCCAAUGUCACGUCGAGAAGACCGUAGCUCGGAACCGAAGCGCCACCGUUCGCGGUUCGACCGUGAACCUAGCCCCAAGAGAUCUAGGAGAGAUGGUAAAUCGGAGACUGAAACCGAGCCGGACUUGGAUAGGGACCGGUCGGACCGGGUUCAUCGGCACCACCGCCGCCUUCCAGGUCCGCCGCCGCUUGAAUCUGGAAACUUGAACGGCCGUGAAUCUGAUAGAGGAGCUGAUGGACAUAAAGAAUCUAAUCAUACGAAAAUACCUCAGUCGCGGCCGUACUUUCAGCACGAUGGUCGUGAUAGUGCUGGGCAGAAUGGAAGAGGCUUCAGCCGCAGGACAGAGAGUGAACGUGGAUGGUGGCCUGAUUCCAAGGAACAGCGAAAUGAUAGAUCUACCAAUAAAACUGUGUCAACUGAUGCUCAGCUAAAGGAUGAAAAAUCUAAAGACAACAGAGAAGGCAGUCAUAUGUGGCGCCAUGAUAGGUACUUUGAAAUGGAAGGCAAUCAAAAACCUCCUGCUCGUAGAAGGCCAUCUUUCAGAGAGCAGAAGAUUCCUGCCGAUCCAGAGAAACCCAGCAAAGCUGCUGAUGAUCCAGUGCUGCGAAACCCACAAGAUCAUGCCAUAGAUGGUGGAAGAAGAAACGACAGGGUGCAUAGCUCUCGGUACUCUGACAGACCUGAAAGACCAGUUGCAGGGGAAAGAGAGUUGAACAAUGCUCAACCUUGGAGGGGUAACUUCCCAUCCAGAGACAGAUUUAACGCCAACGGUAGACAGAGAGGUAGAGAUAAUAGAUUCACUCCUAGGCAAGGCAAUCUUCCAAGUGGGGGGCGUGUUGAGAAGUGGAAGCACGACCUAUACGAUGAGGCCAACAGAAGUCCACCCCGGAAGAAUGAAGAAGAUCAGAUUUCGAAAAUUGAAUCUCUCUUGGCCUCGUAAAUGCUUUGUUCCUGAAUCUAGGGAGUUCAUAAACCCCAACUUUUAUUGUAUGAAAUGCAUUCUUCUGAUUGGUUUGGUGCAUAAUACAUUCGUUUGGAAUUGGAAUGCAACCUAUUUUGAGUAACUGAACAAUUUCUAGUUUUUCUUGCUGUAAUUAAAGUUGAAAGCGAUUUAUUGUUCA